GAAUUCAAACCUAGUGGCUUGGACCAAAUUUUAAUGCCACCCCAGCCCCUUUGUGGCCAUGUCCUCCUUUAUAAGCCAUGGAUCGGAAGCCCUCCUAAUCCACGAAGGAGUAUGAACCACAACUAACUUCUCCAUCUCUUUGAAGAUUGCAUCAAGAGGAAACAUAUAUCGAAGCAUCAAACCUACAUCGAGUCUCUCGAUUUCUUCGGGGCAAAAUAUAUACACAAGAAGGCAAGAAAGGCAAGCAGGAGGCAGUAGUAGAGAUAUAUAUCAGGUAGGAGAUCAUGGUUGCCAAGGAGGAGGCAAGGGAAGCAAUAAGCAUGGACAAGGUGAAGAGAGACGGAGAGGCUCUGAUCGCCGCUGGAGACGAGGAGGAAGACGACGUGGUGCUCCCGGGGUUCCGGUUCCACCCGACCGACGAGGAGCUCGUCACGUUCUACCUCCAGCGGAAGGUGGCGAGGAAGCCGCUCAGCAUAGAGAUCAUCAAGGAGAUGGACAUCUACAAGCAUGAUCCAUGGGACCUCCCUAAGGCGAGCACGGUUGGUGGAGAGAAGGAGUGGUACUUCUUCUGCCUGAGAGGAAGGAAGUACCGGAACAGCAUCAGGCCUAACAGGGUCACCGGCUCCGGGUUCUGGAAGGCGACGGGCAUCGACCGGUCGAUCUACUCAGCCACCGCCGCCGCAAACUCCGGCGAGUCGAUUGGGCUCAAGAAGUCCCUCGUGUACUACCGCGGCAGCGCCGGCAAGGGCACCAAGACCGACUGGAUGAUGCACGAGUUCCGCCUCCCGCCGGCCGCCGCCGCUACAAACGCCUCCCCAAGCAUGCAAGAAGCAGAGGUGUGGACCAUCUGCAGGAUCUUCAAGAGGAACAUCACCUACAAGAGGCAGCAGCAGCAGCAGCCGCAGCAGAUGUGGAGACCGGCGGCGGCGGCGGCCAGCAACGCUCUGCCACCGGCCGACUCGAGCUCCAACACGGGGAGCUUCGAAUCCGACGGUGGGGACGAGUACAUGAACUGCCUGCCGGCCACUGCUCCGGGCAUGUCCCAACUCCACCAUGUCGGUAAUCAGGUGAACAUGCUGUACGGCGGCGGCAGCUGCUUCUUCAAGGAGAGCGUGCACGGCCACCAGUAUCAGGGGCAAUGGUUGAACUCCCUACCUGUGCCGGCACCGGAGCAGAAACCACAGCUGGGCCCGUCGGCGAUGUCCAUUGCGUUCCAUCAGAAUGAUCAGAGCGUUGCCGCAAUCGAUUGCUACAAAGACGGGUACUGGGACGAGAUUGCAAGGCUUAUGGAGGUCAAUGACCCAACAGCAUUUUAUGAUUGUAGAUAUGCUUGAUCGAUAGGGAAGUGCCUAGCUUCGUUUUCAGAGUUCAGACUUCAGUGUAGAUGCUAGAUACGCAGAUAUCGCCGACAAAAGGAACCCAGUGUGUGGGAGACUGACAUGAAGGGCCCUCUCCACAGAGGCCGCUAGUCAGUUAGAUUUUGCCGGCAGCAUGCCCCCAACCCCACCCUUCUGUUUCUUUUUCCUGCUGAUAAGGUAUUCUUAUAUAUACAGCAUGUGUUGUGUUGCGUUGUGUUGUGUUGUGAUCAAUGUAUGAGUUGUGUCUUGUGUGUGCACUGGCUAGAUAUGAGUAACAAAAUAAAUAUAUGUUGGAGCCUAGUUCAUGAUUCAUGAUUUUGAGUUCCAUCAACCAUUUGUGAA